GAUAGAGAACAUGGCGGCAGGGUUUGAGAAUUCCGAGGUAAGCAGCACGCUCCAGGAAGACGAGAUCGUCCAUCUUAGCGAGGAGCUAGGCUGGCUAGUGAUUGGCGAGCAGCCGGAGCUCAAGAUCAUCGGCGAGGUCGACAAGAUCAAGGCCAGGGGAGAAGAAGAAGAAGAAAAAGAGCGAUGCUAUACAGCGCUCGUCCAUCUCAAAGCUCCCAAAGACGAUAGCUUGGCCGCCGCCGAUGCUCGCGCCCCGGUCGAUCUGGUCACAGUGCUGGACGUGAGCGGCAGCAUGCGCGGCCAGAAGCUGGAGCUCGUCAAGACCGCCAUGGAGUUUGUGAUCCGGAAUUUGCGACAGCAGGACCGCCUCGCGAUCGUCUCCUUCUCGGACGAGCCCAAAGUCCAUCUCGGUCUCAAGAGGAUGACUCACGACGGUCGAGCCGCGGCACUCAGUGCAGUGGAGAAGCUCCGGAGCUUGGGAGGAACAGAGAUCCGUCCAGGGCUAAAGGCUGGAUUCGAUCUUCUUUCGCGGCGCAAGAAUAGGAACCCGGUGUCGAGCAUCAUGCUUCUCUCGGACGGGAUGGACAAUGCGAUCACGUUCAAGCGAUGCAAAGUUCUUCCAGUGGAUUCCUACCUCGAGGACUGCAGUGAGCGGGUUCCAGUGCACACUUUCGGAUUUGGAAGUGACCAUGAUCCCGAGGCCAUGCUGAGUAUCGCGGAGGCCACAGGCGGAAGCUUUUGCUACGUGCAAGAGGAGUCCACCGUCCAGCACGCGUUUGCUCAGUGCAUUGGCGGGCUGCUUAGCGUGGUGGCACAGGAAGUGGAGGUCUUCAUCGAGGCGAGUGGCGGAGCGAAGAUCAAGAGUGUGGAGGCCACCGCCGGGAUGACAGCCAUGGAUGGAGAUCGAGCUGCGACGGUGAAGCUUGGAUCCCUGUAUGCGGAAGAGGAGAGAGAUAUCCUGGUGGAGCUCUUGCUGCCUAGCUCCGACUCGAGCUCUUUGUCGAUGGAACUUCUCAAAGUUGAGGGAAGCUUUCAAGACCCUGGGCAGUCGAACAAGACCCAACUGCUUGCAACUUCGAGCUUGGUGAUCCAGGAGCUCAAAGCUGGCGAAGAAGAGGAGGCGACAAAGAUCGAGGUGGACAGGCAGAAGAACCGUGUGAGUGCCUCGAAGGCGAUGGCUGCCGCUCGUAAGCUGGGGUCUGGCAGCUUGGCGUCGGCAAAGCAAGUGCUGGUGGACGUGAAACAAAAGAUAGAGAGCUCCCGAGCGUUUGGAGCUGGCGAUGGCUUGUCCAGGAGAUUGGUGAGAGAACUCGACGAGCUGAUCCAGUGCAUGAAGCGGGAUUAUUACCACUCCGAGGGACAUGCUGUGCUGCUUGCCAAGGGGAAUUCUCACUGCAACCAGCGAGCUUCGUACCAGUCGAGAGCACGGAAGCGCCCCGCUUUUUUCGAAGGUGGCAGAGGUGGCAGAGGGGGCAGAGGUGCUGGUGCUAAACCACGGAGCAAUGCAGCUCCUUGUCUUGGUGCUAGUGCUAAAAGAAUGAGCACUGGUGGGGUUCUUUCAGAAAGCCUGGUACAAGAGACAUCCUCAGAUGAUGAGUCGUACCGAACGUCGGCGAUGGUAGAUAUGCUGGACAAAUCCAAGAAAUUCAAGAGUAAGAGAUAGAUCUAGAUUUCAAGUUGACAAAGCUCGAACUUGACAAGCAUAAGUGUGUUCUGAACUCCAAAGCAAGCGUUUCUGGCCCAACACGAUCCAGAUCCAGCCAUUCCCCAUCCAAUGGUCAGGUCAACGACAAGAAAUAGUCAACGACCCAUACUUAAGCGCCCGACGUGAAAGCACUGGACCUUCUUAUGGAGUUU